CUCUGGCUGUUCGGCUACGGCUCGCUCCUGUUCAAGCCCCCGCUGCACCACCUGCCCAUCUCCAAAGACUUCCGGCGCUUCGACGGCCAUGUCCAGGGUUUCAUCCGCCGCUUCUGGCAGUCCUCCUACGACAACCGGGGUACCCCCGAGUAUAAGGGCCGCGUUGUGACCAUUGUCCCCGCGCGGGACGUCGCGGCCACCCCCGCCUUCCACGCCUCCGUCCGCGAGCACGAGCUUGCGCACCUGCCGCCGGCAGCUGCCGCCGCCGUCCUGGCGGACGCGGACCGCCUUCACGCGGAGCUUGCCGUCGGCGGGUGUGUCUACUACGUCCCGCCGCAACACGCGCGCGCCGCCCGCGCAUACCUCGACUUCCGCGAGAAGGACGGCUACGCCGCCGAGGAGGUGGUUUUCCACGUCUCUGCCCCGGCGGACGCGGACGCGGGCGAGGACGUGGACGAGAUUCUGGCGGGCCUGCCGCGCGACGCCGCCGGGCGCCGGCUAAUCCGCUGCGUCGUGUACGUGGGCUCGCCGGCGAACGCGAGCUUCGUGGGGCCGGAGCACGUCGACACGACGGCGGCCCGGAUCCACAAGGCCGUCGGCCCCAGCGGGCCUAACAUCGAGUACCUCCUGCUGCUC